GUGAGGGUGUGCAACUGUGUCUCUCUCUCGUCUCUCUUGAUUCUUCGUCUUUCCCACCGUGUUUUGCACCAAACCGAUAAGGGUCCGCUCCUCCGCGGCAACCGUCGACCGACAUAUCCGUCGGGACAGAAAUUCCGGUUAAAUUAUUGGAGCGUUAAUGUGUGAUUUGAGGAGGUGAAUUUGGGUUGGGAGAAUAGAAGGAUGAGCAGCAUUCAGGCAAAUCUUUGCAAACCUUGUCCAGAUGGGGUCCCUGCGAGGAUAUCUGGAUCAAGUCGCCUUUCUGCAACGCAGGUUGUUUUACCAAUCCGUGCCUAUGAUCCCCUAAGGAACUCCAGAAAACUUGAAUCAAUGAGUCAUCAUGGGAUGCCUGUGUUGAAAUGCCGGCAGGGCACAGCCGUUUGCUUAUUCGCCGGCAAAGAUAAGUCUGAAAGUGAAAAUCAGGGAUCUUCAUGGAAUGCUCUUGAGAAAGCAAUGGGAAGCAUUAAGGGACAGUCUGUAGAAGAUUUAUUGAGGCAGCAGAUUGAAAAGAAGGAAUUCUAUGAUGAUGGAGGGAGUGGUAAAAAUCCACCGCGUGGACGCGGCGGCGGUGGAGGUGGAAAUGGCUCUGAGGGAUCCGGUGAUGAAGGAUUAGCUGGAGUCACGGAUGAGACUUUACAAGUGAUCAUGGCAACUGUUGGCUUUAUUUUCCUGUAUAUCUAUGUCAUAACUGGCGAAGAGAUGACUCGGCUGGGAAAGGACUAUAUCAAGUAUCUUUUUAGAGGACAUAAGAGUGUUCGUCUAACGCGUGCCAUGGACAAGUGUAGUCGGUUCUGGAGGAUCGUUUAUGGGAAGGAGGUUGACAAGCAUUGGCUGGAAAAGGAAAUUCUCAAAACCAAUACCCUGUAUGAUGGCCCUGACUCCUGAGAAGCACAGGCGUAUUGCUAGUUCGUUCUUAGAAUCGGAUUCUGAUGAGUAACCUGUUAAGUAGGCCUCAUAAUUGACUCUAGAGAUAUAUAGACUAUAGCACUAUGGAGGAGACAAUUGUUUCAAGCGUCCGGAGGACGGGGUUAGUCACAUUUCAUUUGAUGACCCAGGAAAAAUGGAUGUU